AUGGGUAAGACGAGCAAGCCGAUAUCGAAUGUUCUCGAAAGUGGGUGGGCAGGUCAGGCCAAUGCUGAAAAUGGGGUCAUUUCCCAAAUUUCCAACAAUGACUUAAACUCCCACAACACCAACCGAAUAGCGGCUGCCGCACUGAUUACCAGGGGUAACGGGGCGACGACCGCGCUGAGCGGGUCCACCGCUACAGAAGCAGGUACCCCGCAUGAGUCCUAUGUGUCCUUUAACACGGGCCCUUUGGAAGCGUGCGGGCGCGUUGGGAAGGUAGAUGAAGCCCAGCAUAGGCAGGCAGUCGCUACCGAGACAACUGGAGAUCGGUACUCGUAUCUCGGGGAACGCCUGACGGCGGCGAUGGUGGACCUGACGGCAAUGGGGACGUAG